CCGCAAAACUCCCGCCCUUCUUCCAAGUUUCCUCUUUCUUUUCCUUUCCUCCUCUUUCCUUUCUCGCUUUCCGAAGUCGCUUUUUCAGCUUUCACUAUUUGUUUUGAAAAUUAACCUUUUCUCCGUGUGGAAAAAGAAGCGCUCGAAGAACGCCCGGAGCUCGCAGCGGAUACCGAAAUGGGUUCUGGGAAUUUCCUCCAAGUCGUGGCCAACAACUUCGACGUGCUCGCGCUGCCUCUCGUCACUCUCGUUUAUCCUCUGUAUGCUUCGAUAAAGGCGAUAGAGACCAAGUCUCGCACAGAUGAUCAGCAAUGGCUCACUUACUGGGUUCUCUAUUCGUUGAUUACCCUCUUUGAGCUUACCUUUGCCAAGCUCCUCGAAUGGUUUCCUAUAUGGCCUUAUGCAAAGCUGAUAUUCGCCUGCUGGUUGGUCUUGCCACACUUCAACGGCGCUGCUUAUGUGUAUAAGCACUACAUCAGACCCUUUUAUAGGAAUCCUCAAUGUACUACAAUGUGGUAUGUUCCACAGAAAGGCCUUUUUCAUAAGCACGACGAUGUGCUCACGGCUGCUGAGAGGUACAUGGAAGAACACGGGACCGAAGCAUUCGAAAGGCUCAUUUCCAAGGCUGAAAGAGAAGCUCGAGCUAGAAGAAAGAACAACUACACGACAUUUGACGACGACUACAGAUACUGAAGUAGACGGACGUGGCCUUUUCCGGUCAAAGCUGCGAGGAACUGGGAUGUCGGCAGAGCAGGCAAUUACAUUUCCCGUUCCUGUCCAUCUGCUUCCUUAAUUCGUGUUAUGGUAAUUGCUCGCGGCUGAGAGUCGGACAUGAUGCUACGAUUGUAAAGAGCUCCGUGUACUGGAAGAGUUGAUGCUACUUUCCUAACAAUAUAUGCUUGUGAAUACUGGUUCCUGUAAUCUUUUGGAUGGGGUAAUGUAUCUGAGUUAGUUUGACACUCUGCAAUUCUUCUUUUGGUUGGCAACUUGAUGCUUAAAGCGUAGGGAGAAGUUUAUAAUUUGAAUCAUUGUUAGAU